AUGUACAAGUCUUUCUUGAAGGGGAGCGGCAAAACUGCGGUGGUCUUCUGCUGUGCUAUCGUCCUGUUUGCAAAGUUUGUGCGAGUGAGCACCCCUUUCAUGUAUCAGUAUGUCCUCGAUACAGUCAGCACAGGCGCUGUCAGUGUUUCCCCUGUGUUCCGCUCCAUCUUCCCCUUCGUGGACAACGGCGUUCUCAAUGUCUUCCAGGGCUCCUUCUUCCUGAUAGCAGUUUAUACCGUCUCCAAGAUCUUUGCACAGUUCCUGCAGUCUGCCAACGACGUUCUGUUUGCUAGGACAGUCCAGCCAGCGGUACGUGUCUUCGGCCGCGAGGCCCUCGCAUCGCUGUACAGGAUGCCGCUUUCCUUCCACACAGGGUCCAACACGGGAGCGCUAACAAGGUCCAUGGAGAGGGGGAUGCGUGCCAUCAUCGCUGUCCUGUCAAGGUUGCUCCUGCAUCUUGUCCCACAGGCGAUCGAGCUGCUGCUGGUCUCGGCGAUCGUGUGGUGGAAGGCGGGACCGGAGCUUGCGCUCGUCUGCUUCGCGACGGUGGCUGUGUACUGUGCCUUCACCAUUCAGACGGUGCAGCAACGUGCGCACUACCUUGAGGAGAUGAACAAGUCCGACAACUUGGCUACCAACCGCCUCCUCGACGGGCUCCUGCACUACGAGGCAGUGACGCUGAACAACCGGCAGUCCCACGAGAUCCUGCGGUACGACGAGAAGAUCGUGGACUACCAGAGGGCGCAGCUCAAGUCCUCCAUUUCCCUUGCUGUGCUGAACUGGGGCCAGAAGUGCAUCGAGGCGUUGGGGUCCGGUUACCUUCUCUUCCGGACAGCAUCCAGCGUCCUGUCAGGCACCAUGACGGUGGGUGAGAUGAUCAUGAUCAACACUCUCCUCCUGCAGCUGAUGGGCCCGUUGGACCACCUGGGAGCCAACUACAUGUUCCUGAUGCAGGGGAUGGUUGACGCCAAGGAGAUGUUCCGCAUCAUACAGGACAAGUCGAGCCAGGAGAAUGAUAGGGAGACGGCAAAGCCUCUCCUUGUGAGUCGGGGCGACGUGGAGUUCAAGAACAUUCACUUCAGCUACGUUGAUCAUGCUGGACAGGAGGACAAGGGCAGGAGCCACAAGGAGCACGUGCUGUGUGGUCUGGACCUCAAGAUACCCGGAGGAAGCUACGUUGCUGUCGUUGGAGAGAGCGGAUGCGGCAAGUCAACGCUCACCCGGCUCCUCACUCGAACUGUCACGGCCAAGGAGGGAGAUGUGAUUGUGGACGGACAGGACGUCCGAGACGUCACCUUCCAGAGCCUGCGCGACAAUGUGGCGCUCGUGCAUCAGGACCCUUCGCUCUUCAACGAGGACAUCGCCUACAACAUCGCCUACGGAAAGUACGGCUGCACGGAAGAGGUCUGCGAGGCGCUUUCUGCCGCCGAAUCUGCACAGCUCCAGCCUGUGAUAGCGAAGAUGAACAAUGGGAUCUACUCCAUGGUAGGAGACAGAGGGCAGAGGCUGUCAGGGGGUCAGAGGCAGCGUGUGGCCCUAGCACGAGCGUUAGUGAAGGAUGCGCCGAUCCUGAUCUGCGACGAGGCCACGUCAGCCUUGGACGUGAAGACGGAGAGCAACAUGAUGGAUCGCCUGCGAGACCUGCGCCGAGGCAAGACGACGCUGCUGAUUGCUCACAGACUGAGCUCGAUCGUGAACUGCGAUGAGAUCAUCGUGAUGCAUCAGGGGAAGGUAGUGGAAAGGGGCCCUCAUGCGGAGCUCCUUGGCCUCAAUGGCCGAUAUGCGGCGAUGUGGGCGCAGCAAGCAAAGGAGGGAAGUAAAGUAGUGGAGGACGACGCCGUCUCGGAGGACCUGGUGGAGGUUGCGGUAGGCUCCAGCAUGAGCUCGGACUCGGGCUGUGGAUGCGGACAUGCCCACUGAAGAAGCCCUGGCGCUGAUGGUUGUACAUGAAGAGAAUGAAGUCAUCUGCCCACCAUG